AUGCUACCUGUUGGAUUUUUUCGAAAAAAUGUUUUGGAAACGUUUAAAUCGUUGAAUUCGAGUCAAGUAUUUAAAUAUAAUAAAUUUUAUGAAUCGAAUCAAAAAGAAGAAAAAAGAGAUCCUUAUGAAGGAAAUUAUGGAUUCAUCGAUUGCGAUCAAAGUGCAAAGAUAACAUUGAUCGGAGCUGCUGGACGAGUUGGAAAAACUCUAUCGUUACUUUUAAAAACAUGUCCCCUAAUUGAUCAUUUAUGUUUGUUUGACAUCGAUAGAUCCGUUAAAGGUGUUGGAGUUGACGUAAGUCACAUCGAUACAAAAUGUUGCGUCAGUUACGUGUGCGGAAUGAAAAACAUUCAAAAAGCUUUGGAGAAUCCGGAUGUUGUUGUUAUUGCUGCCGGAUAUCCUACAUCUCCAAAAUUAAAUGGGAAAAAACUAUUUGAAAAAAAUGCUCCCAUCAUAGCCAAUCUGAGUGAAGCGUGUGCUAAAUUUUGCCCUCAAGCUUGUGUCGUACUCAUAACAAAUCCAAUAAAUAGUCUUCUGCCUUUAAUGAGUGAAAUAUAUCAGGCCAUUAAUCGAAACGUACCGUCGAAAAAAUUGUUCGGAUUAACCACAUUAGACGUCGUGAGAGCAAAUACGUUCGUAGGUGAAGUUGUUAGAAAAGAUCCAAACGACAUAAUUGUACCCGUUAUAGGUGGAGCAUCACAAGAAACCAUCGUACCCGUCAUAUCGCAAAUGAAACCAUGUUGUAGGAUAAAACGAAACGAAACAUUGGCGCUCACGGAAUGUAUAAAAAGAGCCGAAGGAAAUUUAUCCGAUUGUCAAAAUUGUGGUACUCGCGGAGCAUCUUCACUCAGCACGGCCUACGCAGCAUUUCGAUUCACAUCCUCGUUGAUGAUGGCUUUAAAAGGAGCCGAAAACAUCAUAGAAUGUGCUUAUGUAAAAAGUAACGUAAUACCUCAAAUAGAAUACAUGGCGUCACCAUUGAAAUUGGGACUUUGCGGAAUCGAACAUAAUUUCGGUUAUCCUCAACUUUCAGACUUUGAAGUGAGUUUAAUGGAACAGGCAGCUCCGAUGUUGAUAAAAGAUAUCGAUAUGGGUAAAUGUUACGUUGUCCAGAAAAAGAAAAAAAAUAAAAAAAACAAAAAUUAUUUUAAAAGAUGUUCCGAUUGCGAAAACACCGGAAACUUAUGUGUAUCACGUACGCCGACGCCGACGCCGCCGCCGCCGCCACCGACGACGACGACGACGACGACGAAAAUGCUUCCACCAUUGGAAACUAAAAUUAAAUAUUUCGGAAACGAGAAAAAAAUUGAUAAAUAUCCAAAAUCUAAAUCUCAUUUCAAAUAUAAAAAAAAAUCAGAAGAUGUAUUUACAAAUUAUUUGAAAGAAAUAAAAAUCGACGAUGAAUGUUAUUCGUUGGAAAUGACGUGCGAUUCUCGUAAGGUGACGACGAAAGGUGACGAUGACGAUUGCGAAAGCAACGACAACGACAACGACAACAACAACAACAACAACGACAACAACAACAACAGCAACUUCAACAUCAGCAGCAGCAAAAUCCCAUGCGGGUGUGGCAACGUCGGCGGACAUGCUUGCAGUAACGUCUGCAAGGGUAUCAGACGCAGUAAAAACAAAUAUUAUUCCCAAGAGGAUUUCUGUUCUGACGAAGAUCAAAGUUCCGUUUGUUACGACGAGGAUGAAGAGACCCCCGUAAAAAAUCAUAAUACGAUGGAAACAAACGAAAAAAAUGUCGAAAAAUGUUGCAACGAUAACAACGGUGAUAACAAACACGGGCGACAAAGGGAAAAACACAUGACGAGAAAAAACGUUUUGAUCAAUUAUUGGCCGCCGCAAAAAUAA